AUGGCCAGUACUAGUAUGGAACUGAGCUCCAACAUCAUGGCUCUGCCUAGUGAAGUCUUGAUCGAUAUAUUCUCUAGGCUUUCUGUCAAACAUGUCCACCAACUUCAAACAGUUUCAAACCAAUGGCUCAGAACCAUCUCUAGUCCACAUUUCAGAAGACUCUACAACAUGAAAUCAAUGACUCGUCCCCGGGCACUUGUAGUUGAAGAAUCUGACCAAACUUAUUCAAGGCCGAGUGGGAUCGGACCUCUUAGUCGAAUUAUCACUAUUUCGACCAUUGAUCUUGCUGGUGAUAACAAGAUUCAGAAAGAAUUCAGUUUCAAGAUUGUUGGCCGUGAAUACUCCUUCUGCGUCUCGUCCAACCUCAUCAUUUUCAAUCACAAGGUAUGCAACCCCACAACUAGAGAAAUCAUAGACUUACCAAACUAUUCAAAUUAUCAAUCAGUUAGUUUCGAUGUGGGCUAUAUUCCUUAUACCAAUACAUACAAGAUUGUCCGUCUAUUUGGUACAGAUCGUGGUGCCAAUUACAACUGCAACUAUGCUAGUAAGAUUUUGGAGUUCGGAUUUGAGACUCUUACACUAACUGAUGGUGGACCAAUUCCCAGUUCAUGGCGAUCCAUGACACACCGAGAACAGUUUUCUGUCAAGGUUGAUGCAACAUGUGUAGAUGGUGUAUUAUAUUGUCUGGUUAGAAAGGGAGAUAUAAAGGAAGACCGUAUAGUUUCUAUGGAAAUUGAAAAUGAAGAAUUCUUAACCAUUAGUUGCCCUCAAGAAGAUAAUCAAAAACUAUUUGAGAAUGGCCAGUUAACUGAUUUGAAUGGGAAACUAUGUUUAGCUUAUUACUCAAAAGAAUUAUCAAGAAUGUGUAUAUUCUUGCUCAAAGAUCCUAAAAACCAAACAUGGAUGAAGGAAUACGAUAUCCAUUUACCACGUAUGGGGGAUUGGGUUAGAAUAGUGGGUUACAGUAAUGGUGACAUUCUUAUUCAAGGCAAGACGCCUCUCUUGUACAACAUUAAAGAGAAGAGGGGUAGAAAGCUGCGGAAAUCAAACAAAAAUUAUACUCGCUUGUAUUAUGAUAGAUGUUUUACGUUAGACAGAUCAAGACUACGUAUGCAACGAAGGGAGUCAUCGCCAAUCAGAAAUUUUCAUCGAAAAGUUCAAAAUGUGAGAUAG